AUGCCGUACUUCGAAGACACAACUAGCCUCAAAGGUCUUAGCAAGUUCGAUGACCUUGUGACGGCCUUGAGGGACGCUCUCGGUUCUUCAGGCUUGACCUGUGAUGACAUCGACCUUGACUUCUUGAUGGACCUCAUGAAGACCUAUACCAGCAACGAGAAAGAAUGGAAAGCCUUUGCACUAGCCAAUCCUAGCAUGGCAUACACUCGUAACCUUGUAGACGAGGGCAACGGCAAGAGUAACUUGUUGGUCCUCGUCUGGACGCCCGGCAAGGGAAGCCCCAUCCAUAGUCACAGUAACGCACACUGCUUGAUGAAAAUCCUCAAAGGCAGCCUAACAGAGACACGUUACGACUUUCCCCAAGAAUCGAACCGAGAAAUUAUUUCAACCCCCCUAGACGACAGGAAUGCAAGCAUGGAUGUCGCUUUGGAGUCAGUUUACACGGAGAACGAUGUGGCCUAUAUGAGUGAUGACCAGGGUGUGCACAAGAUGUGGAACAACAGUGACAAGUUUGCCGUUUCGCUCCAUCUCUACACGCCUCCCAAUAUCGUCAGGAACGGUUGCUACGUCUUCAAUGCUGACACCGGGAAGGGAACUCUUGUGAAAAACUGCGAGUACUAUUCUGUUCGGGGUCAUCGAUUGGACGGGCUGGUGAGGGAGACGGAAGCCGUGUCAUCUCUACUUUGA